AUGAAGACACUACGCGAUACAAAUAAUAAUAAUAGUAAUACAAAUCAACAACAUUUUUCAUCGACUAUUAAUCGACAAAAUCUAAUAGCAUCAAAUGAAUCAUUACAUCCAGUUUCAGAUUUUGGCAAUCAACUUCAGCAACAAACAAUCUGUCGGACUAAUAAUGAUCAAUUAUCAACUCAUCAAGCUGGAUCUUCUUCAAAACUAUCAUCACAAAAUAAUAUUAAUUCUAAUCCAUUCAAUGGUGAUGUAAAUCAACUAUCAUCUAUGAUUCAAUCAUAUCUAUCGAAAUUGGGUACAAAUCAAAAUUUUCAAUCCGAUACGAUAAAUCCGUUGUUUUAUUUACAAUUAAUGAAUGCUAAUACAGCGUUUAUGCAACAAUUGUCAGCUACUCAAAAUAAUAUUCCGUCAACACAUCAUGAAUCAAUAAAGCAUGCGCAAAAUCCAUCCAUUUUAGAUAAUCAACAAACACCUAUAUCAAAUAUUGAUUUAUCAACAGGAAGAAAUUCUCAAAUUUUACAAGCUGAUUCAAAUGUUUUUGUACCUAAAACACGUCCAAUGACACAAGACGAAAUAGCUGAACAUGCUCGAUUAGUUUAUCAACGAGCUUUACAACGAAACCAAAUACAACAAUACAACGAUUUUAUGAAACAUUUUCAUGAAUCCUUACAUAAUAAACAACAGAAUUCUUCAGUUAUAAAAUCAUCUAAUCGUAAUGAAGUACCAAGUGUACCUAGUGUUAGUAAUAUUGUGUCAAUGGGUACAUUUGAUAUUGUUGAUACAAUGAUUUCGUCACCAUCAUCAUGUCGGUCAAUGAAAGAAGCAAAUAUUGAUAAAGCUCAAUCAUCAUUAUCACUUCUUUCAGUUGAUAAUACAAAAAUAAUUCAUAAUACAAAUUCAAUACUUGAUCCAAGUGCACCGAUAUUUAUCCCACAACAAAAUCAAUUAAAACUUGAUGAUGAUAAUGAAACAUCAUCAUCAUCAUCGUGUGAUUCAGAUUUUAAUGAUUUUCAUUAUCUUGAUCAAUUUCUUGAUGAAUUCUAUAGUACAGAUAAUGAACAUGAUAAUCAUUUAAUUAUAAAAAAAUCUUCAUUAUCUGAAAUAACAAUUAAUAAAUAUCCUUUGAAUCAUCAUCAUACACUUGGUCAAGGUGAUGUAAUGGAAGAAAUAAGUGAACAACCUCUAUCAACAACUAUCGAAAAACAAGAAUAUCAAUAUUCAAUACAUGAUUUACUUAAUCGAUAUCGAAAUCCUCGUUGUCAUUUAGUUUUACCUGAAUGGUCACGUUUAUCAUUAAUACUUCCUAAUGUAUGUUCUAUGCGUAAUCAUACAUAUAAAAUCAAACGAUAUUUUGCUUAUCGUCGUCGAUUACAUGAUCAAGAUCUCAAUAUAUCAAUAUCUAUUCAAGGAUAA